UCUCGAGGAUGACAGCCAAGGGCCAUCCCUGACGAUACAAGCUCGUUGCCAAGAAGCAGUGACACGACGAAAGGGUGAUGCAAGACGCCUAACCCCGGAUGGAAGAAGCGGGUCAGCCGAUCUGUCGCCGAAGAAAAAACUGGAGAAAGCGCCACCCUUGGAGUGCAGACUCCAUGCGCCGCAACCUACAUUGCAGAAACGAGGACUGAUAAGAAGCAGAGUGUCCGCCGGUUUGAGGCCAGCAACCAUACCUGAACAUCCACAUCGGACGUUAUAAGUCUCUUCCUCUUUCCUUUGUGAAUCCCCCCCAACUUCUCCCCUCUUCCCUCCCCCCCUCUGUCUUGCCGUUGGGACUUGGUUCAAUUACUCAGAAACCCUCAACAUGUCCGUUCCCCAUCCGCUCUGCCCCCUCUCGGGUGCGGAGAUUCAAGCCGCUGCCCAGUUGAUCCAGACCUCUUGGCCAACUUCUGUUUCUCUUCGGUUCAAGGUGGUGACACUCAGCGAACCGGCCAAGGUGAAACUGGCGCCUUACCUGGAUGCCAAAGACAGAGGCCUGUCUCCGACGCAACCUGAUCGCCGAGCUUUCUUGGCAUACUACGUUCGAGGAACAGACUUGUUCCACGAGGCAAUUGUUAAUCUGACAUCAGGGAAGGUGGAGAGCAACACCAAGCUGGGGGCCAACGUCCACGGCAACGUAGACUACGAUGAGGCCCAGAUGGUGGAGAAGAUCGCUCUCGAGGACACCAAGGUCUUGACCGAGAUCAAGAAACUCGAGCUUCCGGAAGGCGCCGUUGUUUGCGCGGAUCCUUGGAUAUACGGAUCGGACGGCGUCAAUGACGACGAGCGUCUCUACCAGGUCUUCCUCUACAUGAGAGACCCGAACAACAGUGCCGAGCCCGACUCAAACCAUUAUGCGUUUCCCCUUCCUAUUCUGCCCGUGGUUGAAUGCAACGAGUACAAGAUCAUCCGCAUCGACAUCCUGCCAACCGGCGCGGACAACACCAUCAAACCGCUGAGUCCUUAUAAGCCCAAGCCUGCGAACGAGUAUAUCCCCGAAAGCCAAAACCUGCGCCAAGACCUCAAGCCUCUACACGUCACGCAGCCCCAAGGCCCCAGCUUCACAGUCACGCCUGUCGGGGAGACUGGUAACGUUCUUGAAUGGCAGAAGUGGAGUUUCUUCGUCGGAUUCAACCAGCGCGAGGGCAUGGUCCUUUACAACGUCAAGUACGACGGCCGUCCGUUGUUCUACAGACUGUCCCUUUCAGAGAUGAGCGUGCCCUACGGCGACCCCCGCCACCCUUUCCACAAGAAGGCCGCCUUCGACCUCGGCGAUGCCGGUGCCGGCGCCACCGCCAACAACCUUCAGCUGGGCUGCGACUGUUUGGGGAGCAUCCAGUAUCUCAGCGGGGUCAUCGCCGAUGACCGCGGCCAGCCUGACCCCAGGGAGAACUGCAUCUGCAUUCACGAGCAGGACGCCGGUAUCUCUUGGAAGCACACAAACUACCGGACGGGCCGUGCUGCCGUCGUCCGGUCCCGCGAGCUGGUUCUCCAGAGCAUCAUUACCGUGUCCAACUACGAGUACAUCCUCAUGUUUAUCUUCAACCAAGCUGGCGAAGUGACGUACGAGGUCCGGGCUACCGGCAUCUUGUCCACGCAACCCAUCGACCACGAGCUGGACAAGGUAGGCACGCCUUUCGGCACCGUCGUCCAUCCCGGCGUCCUCGCCGGCCACCACCAGCACAUCUUCUCCCUCCGCGUCGACCCCAUGAUCGACGGCCACACAAACCAGCUGGUCUACUCGGAAGCCCACAAGAUGCCGCGAGACCCCGACUGGAACCCCCACGGCACCGGGUACGAGGUUGUCGACACGGUCGUCGACAAGACGUCGGGCCUGGACCUCGACUUCGACGUGAACAGGACCUUCAAGAUCACCAACCCGAACUCGCUGAACCCCGUCAACGGCAAGCCGGUGGCCUACAAGAUCGCGGCGCCGCCCUUCCAGAAGCUCAUGAGCGACCGCGACAGCUUCAACUACAAGCGCGCCGAGUUUGCGGAUCACAACAUCUACGUCACGACCCACCGCGACCGCGAGCUCUAUGCCGGCGGCUGGUACACCAACCAGUCGCGCGGCGGCACCGGCGUCCGGGGCUGGUCGCAGCGCAACGAGACGUUGACGCCCGAGUCCGACAUUGUGGUCUGGGUGCAGUUCGGCAUCAACCACGUGCCGAGGAUCGAGGACUUCCCGGUCAUGCCGGUCGAGAUCCUCAAGGUGCAUCUGAAGCCGGUCAACUUUUUCGACAAGAACCCGGCCCUGGACGUGCCCCCCAGCCAGCAGAGCUUUAACAAGAGCACCCUGGUGCAGUCGAGCAAGGCCGAGACCGACGGGUGUGGCUGUGAAGCACCGUCAUCCAAGUUGUGAAUUACCGAGCAAGUCGAUAGCUAGCAUAAAUCUUAUCAAUUGGCUUCUUGAAAGGAUCUCAAGCCUUAAAGUCAGCCUAACCGAGGUGUAUCGAUGGUGCCCACAAAGAUCUCUGAUGGUGGAGCAGAAGACGGAAAAGGAACUGCUGGGCAGUAGACCGAGUAAAUAGCCAAGUGAGGUGAUGCCAACGGUAUCUUGAGUAUGUAAUUGAUCGUCUAAUUGGGUUUGUUUACUCUACUUAAUGUAUUUCUGCUUCUUCCAUGAGACAUGAGGCCAACAUGACAGUUGUUGGAUAACCGGCUGGAUUC